AUGAGCAAAGCAUUGAAACCUUCACGUUUGGAUAUUGAUCCAACUCCCCCAAAAGCUGCAAAAGAACGGAAACACUGGAAAGGAACAUUCGAUUUAUUUACAUUUAUUACUGAAUGUGGGACAGAAGCACCUGAUAAAUUCAGAUCUGUUAUAAACUUUAUAUCUUCAGAUGUUUUUGAAUACGUUGAGGAGUGUACAACUUACGAUCAAGUGGUAGAAACUUUAACAAAACUUUAUGUAAAAACUCCAAACACUAUUUUUGCUCGUCGUCAGCUGAGUUUAAGAAAACAAAAGCCUGGUGAACCACUUGAUGAGUAUCUUGAAGAGUUAAAGAAACUGAGUAAACAUUGUAACUUUGAAGCAGUCACAGCCGAAACGUAUCGAUCUGAAAUGAUAAGAGAUUCUUUUAUUAAUGGCUUAACUUCCAGUUACAUUCGACAACGCCUUCUGGAAACAACCGUUGAAACUGAAUCUGACUCAGAGUCCGUAACGUCAUCAUCUCUUGCUGCAUUGAGAAAAGGAUUCAAUCCUAGACAAGCAACUCGUAAAAAAUCAUGCUACUUCUGCGGUGGUGCCAUGCAUACAAACGGAUCAUUAUGUCCAGCUCGAGACGCCACUUGUCAUAAUUGCUCCAAAACCGGACAUUUCUCAAGCGUUUGUCAGUCAACUAAAAACAAAGCCAAGGAUUCUAACUUGUCAGCUAUCUACUCUCCAACACUUUGUGCCAUAUCAGCUGCUUGCCCAUCCAAUCUUCGUCAUGCUUCAGUACAAGUCACUAUUAAUGGUACCUCAUUGGACGCUCUAAUUGACUCUUGUAGUUCCGAUAAUUUUUUCAGCGAGAAAGCUUUCAAAUCAUUAAACAUUCCAAUGACUUCUUCGGAUAAAAAGGUGUCCAUGGCACUAACCUCGAUGCAGUCUGCGGUGAUUGGAAGCUGUAUGUUAACCCUAUCGUUAAAUGACCAUGUCUACGAGAAUGUCAAACAUAAGAAUGUAAUAUUCGAAUUCCGUGGAACACAGCCAGAUCUUGUUAUCACUGGUAAACAAAUUAAUGAUACAAAUGUUGCUGCAAUAACCGAUGAACCAACAAACGUUGCAAAAGUCAAACCACCUUCAUUGUUUAAAGUUUACCAGAAAAUAUCAAACCAAUUGCUACAAAAUCAAGGUUUUUCAACAAGGAUGACAGAAACUUUAUUAAGAACGAACUUAAAGUGCUACUUGAAUCUGGUAUGA